UUGAUUGUAUUUGUAACCUUUCGCAUAAAAUAUUGAUUCUGUAUGUGAAUUUACUUGCCUAGGAAGCCGCUGAAUGAUACCAGAAUCGCAUCGAGCAUUGGUCAUUUAAUAUGUCUAUUUCACACUCGCGUUAAGUCACUUGCCAGGCUUUGUCAAAAUCGUAGACAACUUAACGUUUUGUAUAAGUUAAUUCAAUUGCCAGCAUAUGUAUAUUUUAAUAGUCGCCAAUUUAGAUAGAUUAGUCGUAUUCGCUUUUUAUUGGCCGCAAAUGGGUAGCACGUUUAAUAGCUAUAUCUUACAUUGCGGGGAAUCGGUACUCAUUCAACAUUUUAUACAAUCGUAAAGCUAUAUACAUUGUGUUUGAAGGGGACUCUUAACGAUUUGAUUCCAUUCGUUAGAGCGCACCAUACCGCUAAUCGCUAUACCCAAACUACUUCAGUCGAGUCUAGCGUGAUUUAAGCGCGGCGAAAGAAGCCUGCAACAUCAGUAGCAGGGAGGAUUGGUCAGGCCUAUUUUAAAUAUGCACAAGUUUUUGUAUACAUUGUAGACGUCAGUUUAGUAAGUUAUCAAAACAAGGAAAAUUUCUCUGACGUUUUGAUUGCGGAAAUGGCAGGUGUGCGAGAAAAGCGGUAUUGUGUACAGUGUAUCAACUUAAUGAUUAACCAGCAUUUUCGGUAGAUUGUGAACCCCUUGUUUUUGGCAGCAUUAUAUUUACAUUGUGCUAUAUAUAUGUACACCGAGAUUCUAUUUUAAAGGUGUUUAUGAAUAACCCAAUCAAUAUCAUCCGUGUAUACAGUGUUGGUAAUUUUUUUGUUGUGACUGGCAAUCGUAGUAUUUAGCGCACACGAUUCGGUACUUUUAUUGACAUGGGAACAAUCUCGUUCUAAAUCAGUUGAUGGUUCACAGCGGGCGCCCCAUUCAAAAAACUUUUUGUGAGAUGGGAUUUUGAUAGGUCCAGCUCAAUACAAUCGCAUUGUGUUGUCAAAAUCGUUGCCAUCCUGUACCUCUAGAGAAGCAUUACAUUUGCGUAUAACUCCUACGCGCGAAACCUGGAUAUGAUUCGUUAGGCUUGUAGUUGGACUGACAUUGAGGAAUGGAUUUGUCAGUCAAGUCAACCACUGAGAUAGGGUAGGGUAGUCGGGUUCGUUAUAAACGAUAGUUCCCAUUGGGUGAUGUAUGCAUUUGAAACCGCAACACCGGAAUUAGUCAUUACUGAAGAGAUUUGACAGGCCAGGCGGUUGGUCGAAAAAUACAGUCGCCGGUCAUCUAUGAUCAGUGAAGAUGCAAGUUAGGAAUAAGUGCAUAACCUUUGUGAAGUCUUUAAAAUGGUAUCGCGAUGCGAACAAAAGGCGGAAUAUUAUAUUAAUGUGCAUAUUCAUAAUUGCCUGUGUUAUGUUUAAGUUAGCGUUUGUGAUGCUCCAUUUGCAUUCGAAUGGCACAAAUGGAAGAAAACUUAUGAAGCUUCAAUAUGGACAUCCCAGAUUAAUAGCACACCAUAAGAAAUACAAUGAAAUUGAUGGAUUUAUUAAAAAUGGAACGACACAAAGAAAACACAUUAAAAUUCUUGUUUCACCUUGGAAUGUAAAUAUUUCAUCGUCUAGAGCAGGUUUAUUUAAAGACAAAAUCAAUGUUGAAAGCUGGUCAUCUAUCACCGUAGUAAAGUCGAGUUUAUUGAAUAAAAAACGACGAAAUGUCAUCCGUGAAACAUGGGGAAAAUUCAAAUUUAUUGAUGGAGUCAGACUUGAAACUGUUUUUAUCUUGGGAACUACUAAUAAUAUUCAUCUGCAAAAUGAUAUAACGGAAGAAAAUCAAAUAUAUGGCGAUAUACUUCAGGUUGAUCUACCUGACACCAAAGAAAACGUUCCUCUCAAACUUCUGGCUGGAAUGAGAUGGGCCUCGACUUAUUUACCGCAAAAUUGGUUAUAUUCAUCAGCAGAUGACGACUUUGCGAUUCACCUCCCAAAUUUCCUUAGAUAUAUAGAGACAAUGCGACGUAGAAUACCUUCUCAUCCACUUCCUAUCAUGUGUAUCUAUGGUUAUAGACAAGCUGAAGAACCCGAUAGACAACCCGAGAGUCCUUGGUUCGUUUCGCUUGAACAAUAUCCCGCAAAAUAUUGGCCCCCAUAUUGCCGUGGCGGUUGGUACACAAUGCCAAUUGCAACAACGUCAAAGUUGUAUGAAGUAUCGAGAACAACUCCCUUUUUAUAUCUUGACGAUGUCUGGGUUACCGGGAUAAUGAGAGUUAUGGUGAACAACCAAGAAGGCAAAAGUAUUCCUCCCGGUAGUCUUCUUUCAGAAGAGGGUAUUACUUAUGCUCCUCUUGCGAACAGAACGAACCAUGAGUUAUACUGGAAUAAAUUUGAAGACGAUUUAAACAAAGUUAUUGUCACUCACACCUGGUCUGGAAAUUACGGCUGGCUUCGGCAUAAUAUUGAUGAUGAUAUUCGCAAUAUAUGGAGCAAAUGGGAGAACUCUUUCAUGGAAAGAAUGAAGUAUUUUGUUACAUUUGGUAGUUCUGAUUGAAAUUCUAUUAUUCUUGUCGCAUAUGAGAUUCGAUUUGUUCAAAAUAUUUCGUUUGAAAAUACUGUAUAAUCAUAUAUCUGUUUAUUUGUAAUUUGUUUUUAAAACUUCGAUAUGCAAAUUUGAUCAUUUUUAAGAAAAUAUUUUUGAAAUCGCUCGUUCAAUAUACGUGAUUUAAGAAAAAAAAAUUGAAUAUUCAUGUGAAACAGAUUAACUAGUAUUAGUAAUAUGCGUCUGUGGAAUUUAGUUUCUAAAAUAAUGCGGGAUAAUUUUAUCUGUUAUUUUCUAUAUCAUGUAUCCCAGAUUGGUUUGCUAUUGUUCUAGGUGAGUUAGUUUCGUAGUAAUUUCAUUCUAGUCUCGUAUUCGUCAUUUCCCUGCUUUGUUCUCCUGUCUUGAUUACAGCUUGAAUCAUUCAAUGCUUCCUGUAGCCGUUUGUUUUUACAAUCUGGGCAUGCUGCUGGAUUUCCUUCAGUUGUUACAAGGCAACAUUGCACAAUUGCAUCCCAACUCAUAUUUCUGGAUUUAUAGCUUAGCUAGAUUACAACACAAUCUAUAGAUUUUAUAGUUUCGUAUUUCGUUUAAAAAACUUGUGCUGGGUAAUCUUACCGAAAUAAUGCCCAUUCAAACAUGCCUUAACAAUUUGAAUUUACUCCGAUCUACACUCUUUUGCAAGCAUAUAAUUUUGACUAUAAAACAUCAUUUUGACACUGUGGUGUGAUAAACUCAUUUAACGAGACUUAUACUUGCAUUCAUUCAAUUUGUGAAGUCAACGAUUGUAUUUUUUACUAUUUUAUAGGUAAUGGCAUUUUGUUAUACUGCACAGGCUUUUUAUUAUUUUACACAAUGAAUAUUCUACUUUAGUUAUCUCAAUAAGCACAACUUUAAAGCACUGUGAUAACGGGCUACUAACGUUCUGCUGUAUUGAUGGACACGAACCUAUGAUCCUUUUGCUAAGUUAUUGUUGUCGUUAGGAUGAAGUUUUUUGCUGUUAAAAACAUCUCUUUUCUCCGAGAGUAAUGAUCCAUUUCAGAUUUUUUGUACCUGAAAUAUGGAUGUACCUAAUACGAAAGCAGCAUAUGAAUAUAUUAUGGGACCUUUACUUCGUUGGAAUGCUUUGUAAAAAAAAAAAAUUUUCACCAACAGGAUUCGUAGAAUUCUUUCUAAUUAUUCUAAUGUCGAAUUCAAUAUGUUCAUUCGUGUUUAGUUAACUUGCAAGCGUAGUAGCUCGUCUUCUUAUUAUUUUGAAUGCUCCCUUAAGUCAGAUAGGCAAAUUAAUAAUCUGAUACAUAGCCCGUUUUCAGAUCUCCUGUUUCAGGGCUGUGAUCAUCGCAAACUUAAUUAAGCUUCUAUUUCUUCGGCGGAAGCACUAUACUGCUGAAAAUGUGCAAACGAUUAUAUAAAUAUUUUUUGUUCCGUUUCGGUUUCCAAUGAGAUUGUGAACAGAUCUUCAAAUUUUUAUUUGCUUACACUGUUUAUUCUUUCUACCAUGAGAAUUUCCAUAUAUAUUCAGUUUUUCUUCUUUUGCUUUAUCAUCCAGUAGUAUCUUAGAAUACAAUUAAGAUAGAAUACAAUUAA